AUGAUUUUGUCUGUUUGUCGUGACCUCAGCGCGAAGAGUAGGGGACAAAACACCACGAUCGACUGCCUUAGCGUUCAAGCGUUCCUCCAGGGUGUCGCACACAAAGCCGCGGGCAUCAUGGACAUACUAGGAUUUAAAACGUGGGUUGGAUUGGGGAUUUUGGCCAUGACAUCUGCCUACUGGGGCUAUUCAUAUUACACAUCCAUUGCCAAUAGGCGUAGACGAAGAUUAACGGUUUUGUUUCCCAAGGACUCCGAAAAAGUCGUACCUACUCAGAAUACACCCAAAGCCUUCAAAUAUGAGCCUGCAUAUGACUUUGACUGGAGGAAAACCAAGCCAGAACAAUUCCGGCCCUUUAAACCUAAAUAUCAUCUGACAAUGGCAAUCGAAAAUCUUGAUCCUAAUCACCUGAUCUUGUUCGAUGAUACAUACGAGACCCGACUGGAAAUCCGUAGAGCGUUGCUCAAGGAACACAACCAACAGGUGGUCGGUAUUACAGAUGAGAACGACGCACGUCUCACUGCUACAAUCAAGGAGCUCUACACCGCGAUCAUGGUGGAAUAUCUCCCGAGUCGGUAUCCAACAAUCUUCAAAAUGACAACUUGUACAAUGAGCCCAUCAAGCUCGAUUCGGAACCUUGUUACUGGCGAAGUCUAUCCUGCGAAAUUAGCCGAAUUCGCACCAGUGAGACAAGCACUUGAGCUUCUUGCGAAGAACGUCGAUGAAGAUUUUUUCAUUCUCCUUCCCAGAUCACACUCGGAAAGCUCGAAUACAGAAGAGGAUAAACAGACGACAUACAUUCUCCAUGCAUAUGCUGCCUGUUUCCCUUCGGGAUUCCAACCGGCGCACAAGAUAGGAAAGAGUCUGUCAUCGAUCCAUGGUCCGCUCCCUGGAUACAAAGAAAAGCUGGAGAAGAGUAUGGAUCGGUUUUUCAGAAAGCUUCCUGUGGGAAAGUACGUUAAAAGGGUAAACUGGAGCAUUACCGUGGAUGAAGGACUGUAUUCAAACUUCGACAAGAGCGGCUUUGCCAUGUCCAGGAAAGCAACGGGAAUGACGAUGGAUGAUCUUGACUUGAACAGGUCAUUCCUUCGCUGCGAGCGCCAAACACUCCACCGACUCCCACAGUCCAAGGCGAUCAUCUUUGCCUUCCACACGUACCAGUAUCCGCUCCAGCAGAUCAAAGCAGAGGGACUUGGGGAACAGUUAGCUAUCGCUGUGGACGGCCUGAAACUGGGAAAUGCACCAGAGAUAUACACGUAUAAGAACGCUCCGAAAUGGGCGGAGGCUGUCAAGCAGUAUAUGAGAAGCUGA